AAUUUCUUGAUAAAAACAUAUAUUUUUUUCCUCAAUGCACAUGAAUAAAUUAUCGUUGUGUGUGAAAAAAUUCAGAUGAAUUUCCCUGUUUUUGCCAUUAGAAUUUCAAGAAUUUGCCACUCACCCAUGGAUAUAACCAAUAUCACUAUUGUAUUGUAUGAUGGUCCUUGUAUAUGCACUUGCCUUUGUUAGGAAUUGAUGUAGAUUUAGUCGAGGGAAAAAAUACCACAUUUAACUAGUAGUGUCGGUGAAGCUCAUAAUCAACAAACACAUGGAUAGUGAAAAAGGUGUUUAAAAAAAUUAGCCAAGAAUUGCGUAUAUGAUUUGGUUAUAUGUGCAGGGAUGAAGUGUUUUCAGUUCUCUAAUGAUGAUCAUAACAAGACUAGAAAGUCAACAUCAGGCCAGUCAUCUGCCUCUGUUUUCACAGAUUCUGACCUCAAAGGAUCUGAAUACAGCUCACAAAAUGUAUCAACGGACAUUAGCACGGUCUCGUUUUCGUGCUUGUCUAAUAAAAAGGCUUGUCACCUUAAGGUCUUCACAGUUGAAGAGUUGAAGAGCGCGACAAAGAACUUUAGUCGAUCCCUCAUGCUAGGAGAAGGAGGAUUUGGAGGUGUAUAUAAGGGUGUUUUAAAGGACACAAAUAUUGCGGUUAAGCAACUCAGCCAAAGAGGCUUGCAGGGGCAUAAGGAAUGGGUGACGGAAGUGAACGUCCUAGGUGUGGUGGAGCAUCAAAAUCUUGUCAAAUUAAUAGGCUAUUGUGCAGAGGAUGAUGAAAGAGGAAUACAACGUUUACUUGUAUAUGAGUUUUUGCCCAACAGAAGUGUACAAGAUCAUCUAAUAAGUCGUUAUAUGUCACCUUUGCCAUGGGAAACAAGGCUAAAUAUCGCUCGUGAUGCUGCUCGAGGAUUGGCUUACCUUCACGAGGGAAUGGAGUUUCAGAUUAUCUUUAGAGAUUUCAAAUCCUCUAACAUUCUCUUGGAUGAGAAAUGGAAUGCAAAGUUGUCUGAUUUUGGCUUGGCCAGAUUAGGACCUUCCGACGGAUUAAGCCAUGUCUCAACAGCGGUGGUGGGAACUGUUGGAUAUGCUGCUCCAGAAUAUAUACAAACUGGACGCCUAACGUCCAAGAGUGAUGUAUGGAGCUAUGGGGUGUUUCUGUAUGAACUCAUCACAGGCAGGCGUCCGUUGGACAGAAAUAAACCCAAAAACGAACAGAAACUUCUCGAAUGGGUAAGACCCCAUCUUUCCGACCUGAAGAAGUUUGAACAAAUAUUGGAUCCUCGAUUAGAUGGAAAGUAUUCCAUUAAAUCUGCUCAGAAGUUAGCUGCCAUAGCUAAUAGGUGUUUAGUUAAACAUCCGAGGAAUCGUCCAAAAAUGAGUGAGGUUUUGGAGAUGGUAAAUCAGGUUGUGAAGGCAACUGAAGCAAAAAUUCCACAAACACCUAUAGACGAAAGUUCAACACCAAAUGUCGACGAUGACAUGUUUAUGGUAAGGUGUCUCACUGCAAGUAGAAGGCUGGUAGAACACACAUCAAGAGAAAACAAGUUGCUGGUUUGGAAGUUGUGGAAGCCUAAGCUUGUCAGUUCAAAUUGAGCAGCAGAAAUGAAACUAAAGUUACUCUAGCUACUUUUGGUUUUCUUGUGCAAAAGAAUCACUUGAAGUGUAAUAUAUUUUACUCGGACUCUUCAAAAAUGUCACUUGGAUGCAUGUUCAAAAGUGAUGCAUCUUUAGAGGAUUCGACAUGGGUGCAACUGCAUUUUUGGAGAGUCCGAACAACAUAGCUGAUAUCAGUAUUGACCAUGAUCUUCAUAAGCUUUUCUAGCAUUUACUAACCAUUAUAAUUCCAGCUUUCUGAGACUGCCUUCCCAGCAAAGAAACCGUGGCCGAGAGGGCUAUUGGCACAGUUGUGUCUAUUCUAUUCUGUGAGGAUAAUAUAGAUCGAUGUAUAGUCCGAACAACCUUUUUCUUCCAAUAGUCAAAAUGCAUUAAUAUUA